AUGUGUAUAGAGUGGAGCAACGAUGAAACUGUCUUCAGAUCCCAACGGCCCCUUUUGAACAAAGCCAAUUUGACAUUGGUGCAAGUCCUGAAACAAGAAUGGCCUGCUAAUUGGCCUACAUUUAUCCCUGAGAUCAUCUCUGCCAGUAGAACUGGUUUCAACGUCUGUGAAAACAACAUGUCAAUCCUGAAAUUGCUUAGUGAAGAGGUUUUCGAUUAUUCGGCCGAACAAAUGACCCAGGCGAAAGCUAAAAACUUGAAGCAGCAAAUGUGCAACGAAUUCUCGGAAAUUUACAGACUAUGCUACGAAGUUCUCGAAAAAGCCACUCGUCCUUCCUUGAUUGUUGCUACACUACAAAGUUUAUUGCGCUAUUUAGGAUGGAUUCCUCUGGAAUUCAUUUUCGAGACUCCCUUGAUUGAACUCCUGGUGAGCAAGUUUUUGACCCCUCCUCAGUAUAGAAAUGUCACCUUGAAAUGCUUGACCGAAAUUUCCAGUCUAGGUGCUUCUCAAUACGACAAGCAGUUUUAUACUAUGUUUUAUAUGGCUGUUGAGGUUAUUAACAAGAUUGUCCCAUUGAGCACAGAUUUGAGAACUGCUUACGAGUCUGCUGGCUCGAAUGACCAAGAUUUCAUUCAGAACCUCUCGUUGUUUCUGUCUAUCUUUCUAGCUAAUCAUUUGAAGAUCGUGGAAAACCAAGAAAACAAAGAGCUCCUAAUUAAUGUUCAUCUGUACUUGAUAAAAAUCAGUCAAAUUGAUGAACGGGAGAUUUUCAAGGGCUGCCUGGACUAUUGGUCUCGACUUGUAUUGGAGUUAUAUGAGGAAAUCCAACAAAUUCCUAUAUCCGAUCUCAAUCCACUUUUACAACGCAGCUUUGCAACUACGUUUAGCACUGGAGGUGCACUUGAUCCUGAUAUCCUUGCUAAUUAUCCUCUGAGAAAGCAUACUUAUACGAGUAUUUUGUCAAGUUUGAGGACUGUAAUGAUAGAAAAAAUGGUGCGUCCCGAAGAAGUGUUAAUUGUUGAAAGUGACGAGGGUGAGAUUGUCCGUGAAUUCGUUAAGGAGAGUGAUACAAUCACCUUGUAUAAGAGUAUGAGAGAAGUCUUGGUCUACCUCACACACUUAGACGUUGUUGAUACUAGAGCUAUUAUGAUCAACAAACUUGCCAAGCAGAUUGAUGGAAGCGAAUGGUCUUGGAAUAACCUUAACACACUUUGUUGGGCGAUUGGUUCCAUUUCUGGUGCUAUGAAUGAAGAAAUGGAAAAGCAUUUCCUUGUAUCAGUCAUCAAGGAUUUAUUAGGGUUGACUGAAAUGAAGAAGGGUAAGGAUAACAAAGCAGUUGUUGCUUCAAACAUCAUGUACAUUGUCGGUCAAUAUCCAAGAUUUUUGAAGGCCCAUUGGAGAUUUCUCAAAACAGUUGUCAACAAGUUAUUUGAAUUUAUGCAUGAGACUCACGAGGGUGUCCAAGAUAUGGCCUGUGAUACGUUCAUUAAGAUUGCUCAGAAAUGUAAACGACACUUCGUUGCCCAUCAACAAGGUGAAGCAGAACCUUUUAUUGAUGAGAUUAUUAAAAGUUUGGACAAGAUCACCUCUGAUUUGCAACCACACCAGGUGCAUACAUUUUAUGAAGCCUGUGGUCAUAUCAUCUCGGCACAGCCAGUUAAAGCACAAAGGGAACGUCUUCUUCAAGAUCUUAUGAGGUUGCCCAAUAUGGCCUGGGAUGCUAUGAUGGAACAAGCCUAUCAGAAUCCCGAGCUUCUGACUAAUGGAGAUAAUAUUAAGAUUAUCAUCAAUGUCUUAAAGACAAAUGUUGCCACUUGUUCGUCGUUGGGAGCUGGUUUCUAUCCACAGCUUGCCCGAAUUUAUGCUAAUAUGCUUUCAUCCUAUACUGCCAUUAGCCACAGCAUGGUAAAUGAAGCUCAAGGAAACCCCAUUUUCACCCAGACUCAUCGUGCCAGAGUCUUGCGGGGAAUCAAAAAGGAAAUUCUCAAACUGGUCGAAACCUAUAUUUCCCGUGCUGAAGAUCUUGAUGAAGUGGUGCAAAACAUUGCUGAGCCGUUAUUAACAAAUAUUCUUGAUGAUUAUCAGCAGAGUCAAUCCCAAUUCCGUGAGGCUGAAGUUCUUAGCUGUGUGGAUAUCCUCGUCAACCGAGUAGGAUCUAUGAUUCCUGAUAUGGUACUGGGUAUUCUAGAGAAGGUGUUCGAAUGUACCUUGGAUAUGAUCAAUAAGUCUAUGACGGAUUUCCCUGAAUUCCGUGUUGAAUUUUUCAAGCUUCUGCGUACCAUUAAUUUGCACAGCUUCUCUGCCCUAUUGAAGCUCCCUGACCAAAUUUUUAGUAAGACUAUUGAUGCUUGUCUGUGGGCUGCUAAGCAUGACAACCGUGAAGUUGAGUCUGCUGGUCUCAGUCUCACACUGGAAAUUAUUGAUAACGUUGCCGAGUACAAUCAACCGGAGGUCGCUAACAAAUUCUUCAAAGCCUUCUUUAAGCCUAUUAUUGGCGACACGUUCUAUGUUCUUACUGAUACAGACCAUAAGGCAGGUUUUAAGACUCAAUCUCAAAUUCUUGCUAAAAUCAUCAGCCUAGUUGAAAACAAUCGUAUCGGAGUGCCUCUCUAUGAUGAAGGAGAGGCUUCAGUAGGAACUAGUAACUCGGACUAUUUCCGCCAGUAUUUGAGCACUUCGCUUACCAAUGCAUUCCCUCAUCUCCAACAAGCUCAGGUGGCAAAUUUUGUUGAGGGAUUAUUCCGAUUGCAUCGUGACCCUAUUAAAUUCAAGCUCACGUUACGGGACUUCCUUGUUCAAAUUAAGGAGUUUGGUGGUGAUAGCACCGAUUAUUUAUUUGCCGAAGAGAAGGAAACUGAACUCCAAGAGAAGCAACGUUUAGACAGAGAGCGUGCUUUGAAAGUCGGAGGUCUAAUAAAGCCAUCAGAAAUGGAGGAGGAGGACUCUUAG